AUGAAUGAGUCUCUAAAGCAGCCCAUCAUUUUUACUCUACAAAGUUUUGUGGUGAGCAAAGAGGCCACCUAUCCCCUGUUUGUGCUAUCACUCUUAGUGUAUAUUGUCAUGCUGGUGGGGAAUGGAGCUCUGUUUAUGGUGAUCGCAUGUGAGAAGAAGCUCCACAAACCAAUGUACAUCAUGGUGUGCAAUCUGGUCGCCUGUGAUUUGAUGGGAGGCACGGCUGUCAUGACCAGAUUGAUGCAUGACUUUCUUUUGGAAACGAGAACCAUCAGUUAUGAGGCGGCUAUUUCCCAAGCAUUUUGUGUGCACACCUAUGGCUCAGCAGCCCAGACACUGCUGUCUGCCAUGGCAUACGACAGGUAUGUUGCUAUUUGUGAGCCGUUGCGGUACCACACCAUAAUGACACCAGGGAAAUUGGCUGCACUCCUUUUCCUUGCUUGGGGCAUUGCAAUCGGCCUGGUGGUAGUGUUGUUCUCUCUUCAGGCGGGAAUCCCUUUGUGUGGUACCCUCAUAAUGCAUAUUUACUGUAGCAACAGAACGAUAUUGAGCCUGGCAUGCGUACCCACUCCAAUCAAUAACAUAUAUGGAUUAUGCAUGGCCUGGUUUUUGAGUACUGGAUCUUUUUUAGUCAUUGCCUUCACCUAUAUCAGAAUCCUAAUUACAUGUUUAGUGAGGAGAGAAAACAAGAGCAAUGCCAAAGCUAUCCAAACAUGUGCAACUCAUCUCACUAUCUAUGUCCUCUUUGAACUUGCUAGUGUCAUCAUCAUUGUGACUCAGCGCUUUGAUGAGGUCAGUCCCAACACCAAAAAGUUCUGUGCAAUACUGUUUAUUGUUGUUCCACCCACCAUCAACCCCAUCAUAUAUGGCAUCGUCAUGAAAGAUAUUCGUAGUGUCGUGAAAGAUAUUCAUAGUGGAAUCCUCAAACUCGUAAAAUCACAUGUGUCAGUGGAAAAAAUUGACAGUUUAUGA